CUGAGUGCAGAACGCUUGGCUGAACAAAAGGAUGAAUGAACACAAGGCUGACCUAAAGUUGAAUCAGAGGUGCUGGGUCUGAAUCUGGAGAGCUGAGUUCAAAUCGGGGCUGCUGCUAAGAAAAUUCAGUGUCACUCAAAGUUGCUGAGGCUGAGGCGUCGAUAAGACCUAGCUUCCAGUCUCACAAUCAGAGAACAACAAUCCUUUUAGACCAGCUUGAAGCAGUUCUAGGCCUCACAUUCCUACAAACUUGCAUUCUGCAUCUGCUCUGACAACUAGUGUAGAAUCAUGGCUAAAGCGGAAGGUGGCAAGGAACCAAUAAAUGAACAAGCAGUUGCAAAUAUGUAUGCUUCUAUGAGGUCUGAGCUCAACCAAAUUUACUCCAAAAUAACUGAACUGGAGAUGGAAGUCAGUGAGCACACAUUAGUCAUCAAUGCCAUUCAGCCUCUUGACCAAUCUAGACGAUGCUACCGAAUGAUUGGAGGGGUGCUUGUGGAGAGAACCAUCAAAGAGGUCUUGCCUGCUGUCCAGCGAAAUAAAGAUGGUCUUGAAGAGGUUGUUGCAAGGCUUAAUGAGGCACUGGAAAAGAAGAAAAAGGAAAUUACUGAGUUUGAGGCUAAAUAUAAAAUCAGGAUAAGGAAGGCUGAUGCUGAGGUGAAGGAUGAAUCCGGUAGGAAGGAAGGGUCUGCCCAAGGAGUUCUUGUGGGUCCUGCUGGUGGAAGUGAAUGAUUUGUCAAAUUUUAUUGCUUUGUUUCCUCAAACUAUUAGCCAAAACUUCCUGCCUUUACAAUUGGGUGGAGGCAGUGCUAUGCUUUGCUUUACAGAGUAUUGACUAAACUAUUUACAACUUGAUAUGACAACCUUCAGUUUAAUUGCUUUGGCUGAAAAGAACCGUUCUUUAUUGCGUUUA